GAGAGGGGGGGUGGUGGGGGAAGCCAGAGGCCGCGGGAGCCACUCGCUCCCAACACGAAUCCUUCCUAAUCCACGCGCCCUCGCCAUGCCUGGAGCCGUCGCGCCCACGCUCGCUGCGGCGAGCAGCUCCACCGCCGCGGCCUCCUCGCUGGCUCCGAACCCGACAGCGCGAGGAGACCCGCUAGCUAGCAGGCCGUGCCGCAUUGCUGCUCCCGCUCCACUUGUCCCACUUGCGGCCACCGGUCGACACGUUCACGGCUGCCGCGGCGCCCCCGCGCCCCUAGCAGUCGCCAGUCCCCACCAGGCGCGGAACCUUCGCCUCCGAUUCGCGGCGGCUGCGGCGGAGGGGAUGGCUGCGGAGGCCAGCACGGCGGACGCGGCGUCGGCGGCUCAGGCGAAGCCCUUUGCCGUCCUCUUCGUGUGCCUCGGGAACAUUUGCCGGAGUCCUGCAGCUGAGGCUGUUUUCCGGAAUCUCGUAAGCAAGCGUGGGCUUGACUCCAAGUUUCAAAUAGACUCUGCUGGUACCAUAGGAUACCAUGAGGGUAACAAGGCAGACUCAAGGAUGAGAUCAGCUUCAAAGAAGCGGGGGAUUGAGGUGACCUCAAUAUCCAGACCUAUCAAACCCUCAGAUUUCCGCGACUUCGAUCUUAUCCUUGCAAUGGACAGGCAGAACUAUGAAGAUAUAUUGAACGCAUUUGAGAGAUGGAGACACAAGGAGCCCCUCCCUGACGGUGCACCCAACAAGGUUAAGCUGAUGUGCUCCUACUGCAAACGACAUACCGAGUCUGAAGUCCCAGAUCCUUAUUAUGGAGGCCCUCAGGGAUUUGAAAAGGUCUUGGAUUUAUUGGAAGAUGCAUGUGAGUCACUGCUUGAUAGCAUCGUGGCAGACAAUGCAAGCAUUUCUGCAUGACCUUGGAUAUGUACACCUGCAGGCGAUGUAAAUCUCCACUUUUUCAUCAGACAUCUUCUUUUCAGAUGCAUGGUUAUCUGUAUGCUGUAGCAUAUAUGCGCUGCUGGAGUCAUUUGAUUGCAACAUUGAUCAUGUUCCCAGGUGCUGGUUGGGAUUUGUAUCUGCCGCCAUCCUUAUGCAGCAUUCUGAUAUUAAUCCUGUAUGUGUGUCGUGGGCUGUGGCAUACAGAAACAUACUCAUCAUGGUUCCUUUCCACCCAGAUAAUCAGAAACAAUCUGAAGGGCCUACAUUCUUAUGCCCAUUUGACGUACCAA